AUGCAGCCACAAGCUUCUGCCGCCCAGAGGGCCUAUUCGCAGCGGCGAUCCCCAGGUGUGAUGGAUCCUGGGCCGCCGCCAAAUGUUUCCGUGCGAGCCAUCUCUCCUGGCAUCCCGCCGGGCAACCCCCAGCGGGCAUCCAACGUUUCCAUCAGAUCCGCUCCGUCCAGCAGCGGUUCGAGGAGAACAACCCGCGAGGGUUCAUCCGGAUCGGGAAGCGGCUCCAACAUGCCCUUAUCGCAAAUCGAAAAGAGCGUCACUCAUCUCCUUGUAGCCACCAAGCAGCUCCUUGAGACGCUGACGCAAUGGUCGCGCGGCCAAGCAACCGAUGCGCAAGUCUCCGAUGUCUAUGUGCGAUUAGGCUACGAGUUCAACAUGGCUUGCCGGGCCUUUACGGCCAUCAACGUCGACACCUCCGACCUCGGUAACGUCCCCGAUCUACUACGAAGCAUUCUCGAGGCUUGCCUGAGCCAAGAAGCGAGCGCCGAGAGCUUGGAGAAAUAUCUGCCUAGGAUUCGAGAUAUCAUCAUCAACCUGCUCCAUGGUUUGAAGCGAAAACAACAGAGAUUGCGCCAGAAGCAAGGACGUGAGAGGGAUGGCUCUGCUGUACCAGAGAGAACUACCAGCGUCAGUACCGUCGGAAGUGGAAGCAGCGGCCUGACCAAUAUGCUGGAGGACACCCUGGAGAGCCACCGACCAAACUCACAUCGACCAGGAUCGGGUCCGCAGCAGAACGGUGGAUCAUCGCCCACGCGGCGCUUUACCGCUGAUCGAGACCAAUCUAGGAGUUCGGUUGCUUCAGAGCAGUCGUCUGCGUCAAGCACUACCAUGCAGAAUAUGCCCGUUGUACCACCAUACCCAACAGACGACUCGUCUCUGCCCGCAGGGCCACCGGCAGCAGAACUCAACAUCGACGCUUUUCCUCCGCCGCCACCGCCACCCCCGGAUAAGACUUCGAGUGCCCUGGCAGCGCUGCAAAAGGGCGGCGAUUUGGAGAGAAGGGCGUCCCGAAGAUACUCCCAGUACCAGAUUUCAAAGCAUCUUGGAGGAUCCGGAAAUGUCGUUCCCAUGCUACCCUCGCAAACCGGACCGACACCGAAUAGGGGAAGGAAAGAAGCAAGGGAGUCGUUACGGGCCGUCCAGUCGCGCGAAUCUGUCCGACAUAGUCGAACCGCAUCCCAAAUCAAGAACGGUUCCAGCUUUGACAACUCCCCUAUUCGAGUGCCUACUCGGGUAGAUGAAGAGACCUUGCCCAGCCAGCCGGCGGUGGUUGUGGAGAGCCCAUCUGUACAGAGUCCAGAUGACAAAUAUGCCCCCAGCGCGACUCUUUCCGGCCCUAUGACCGAUUCCAACCCCUUCAUGAGCGAAGCGCCACGCCCUGGAUCCAAGAAGGAGCAGAAAACCAAGCUAGACGAAGCCCCAACAUCAGCCCCUCAUCCCACAGAGUCAAAGCCAAACGAGCCCUACUUCCAGGUUUCGCCUCCUCCGACGCCGACGAAAGACCUGACACUCUUCCUCCAGUACAAAUCAAAGGUUAAGAAGAUUGUUUUGCCCGAAGGUCGCGACGAGCUUUCUAUUGGGCGCCUGCAGCUGGCAUUCAUCGAAAAGUUCUCCUGGAACACGCAGCAAAACGGAACCGACUUACCCGAGAUCUAUAUCCAGGAUCCCGUAUCCGGUGUGCGACACGAACUGGAAGAUCUAAGCGACAUCAAGGAUCGAACUGUUCUAGUACUCAAUGUGGAGCCGCUGGAUGAAGUUAAACGGCACAUCGAUGAGGGCAUGUUUGCGCUCACCAAGAUUGUUCGAGAGGUGAAGCAGAAUGUUGAUGACCAGGCCGUCACUCUCCAACGGGUGUCGGAUCGCCAACAGGAGGCAGCCAAGGAGAUGGCCCAGAUUGUCUUGGAGCAGGCCCAACAGGCGCCUGUGCGAGUUACAGACGGGUCGAAGACGCUCUUAGGAGCUGGCCGGAAGCUCGACAGUGGCCAGAUGGGAGAAAUUCAAAGCCUGCGGCGCGACCUCGCUGUGCUCCGUCAAACCUACUCAACUUUCCAGUCUGAGAUUCAGACUUCCAUGUCCACCCUUCGCACCAAGGCCGCCAAUGUCAAGUCUGUGGCUGUCAAGGCCGCGAUCCCUAGCAUGGAGGGAGAUGCCGGCUACGCCUAUGUCUCCAACGGUCGGAAGCAACUUAACGCCGACUCCGACCGAUUGGUGGCCAAGGUUGACGAUCUCCAAGAUUUGGUGGAAGACUUGCGAAAGGAUGUCGUGCACCGUGGUGUUCGACCACUGCCCCGACAGCUUGAAGGUGUUGCCAAGGAUGUUACAGCACUCUCUAAAGAGCUGAAGGCAAUGGAAGACUACAUGCACAAGGAGAAGCCAAUCUGGACCAAGAUUUGGGAGAAGGAACUCGAGGACGUUUGCCAAGGUCGUGAUGAGCUGCGCAUUAUGGAGGAGCUGCUUAUUGAUCUGCGCGACGACUUGGAGAAGGCGUCAGAGACUUUCACACUCGUUGAGCAGGCUACAAAAGAGCAGAUGAAGGACAGCGGAACGGGCCACAGCGCUAGCACUGCCCGCACCUUUUCUAAAGGCUUGAACAACCUUGGCAACAGCCUUGACCAGAACGCUGCCAAAGAGGAUAUGUUGGGAGAAGUUCGAGCCCUUCAGCCCAACCACCAGGACCGUCUGGAGGCAAUUGAGCGCGCCGAGAAGCUACGACAGAAGGAAUUGAAGAACCGCAACGACAAUGCACUUCACCGUGAGAUUCAUGCCUUUGUUGCCGAAGGCAAGCUGAAGAAGUCUGGAGGUUUCGAAGAAGUUGAGCGCGCACGAAUUGCCAAGGACGAGAAGAUUCGACGUGAGGUUUGGGAGCGGAUGAACGGUUAUGUCGCCGGCGAAGAUGAUGAGGAAGAGGAAGAGGAGGAGGAGGAGGAGGAAGAGGGCGAAGAGGAAGAAGAAGAGGUUGUGGACGAGGAAACCAACGGAGGCGCUGAC